AUGAAGAAAGCGUAUGGAAACAGAGAAGGGCUGUGUUUUGUGUCGAACCGUCACCCCAGUAUAAAGAAUGCAAUAGAACAUGUGUAUCUGGGAGACUAUCACGGUAUUUGUUCUUAUCAUUUGUUGCAAAAUCUAAAAUCGUAUUAUGGAAAGUCAGGUGAAAACAUUACACAAGCAUUUAAUUCGACUAUCCGCGCUUACAUGUUGGAAGAAUAUGAUUAUAACAUGUCUCUGCUGAUUACAAUGAAUGAGAAGAUAAUUUCUUACCUGACUGAUGUUGGACCUGAAAAAUGGUCACGAAUACAUAUGCCAACAAACAGGUAUUCUACAAUGACAUCAAACAUUGUAGAAUCGGUCAAUGUGGUCACAAAGGCAGCCAAAAAUUACCCUAUUGGUUCCCUCCUAGAGUCAUUACGGCAAACCAUACAAUCGUGGUUUUGUAGACACAGGAAUGAUGCACGUGGAACUUUCACAAAGUUGUCGAGCAAGUAUGAGAAAGGAAAUAGGAAAAUGAGCAUGGAUUUGAGAAACUUGAGGGUAUCUCCUUCAAUCCAGACAGUGUUUUCUGUCAGCAACGAAAGGUCGACGUUUGUCGUCAAUAUUGAGCAACGAACAUGCACUUGUAGGAUUCUACAAGUUGAUUUGUUACUGUAUCUACACGCUUUGACUGUAAUUGCAAACACAAGAAGAGAUCCGUAUAAUUACUGUUACUAUUAUUACACAAGAGAUGCAUAA